AUGUCAACUACAACUACAGCUACAUCAACCGUGACCUGGGUCACCCCUGCUGCGAAGCCACCUCCGGGGCAGCCUGACAUCGCCUACGCUCCAGACUAUGAUAACUGGCAGGCCCGUGUGGCCAGGCGGCUGGCUGACGGGAAUCUCCCCACCAGUGUCCCCGAGGGAUUCCCGGAUAAGCUGGAGGGAGACCUGGUCUGGGAGGGUUCGACACUGGCAGAGACGUACAACUGGACGUACUCGCUCAACUCCGAGCAGCUAGCCGAGAUCGACGGAGCUGUGGCUCACUUCAAGUCUCUUGGACUUUCGCUUGGUCAUAUCAGUGCAGAGACGUUCCCACUCCCCAAACUCCACCCGGAGCUUCGUCGCCUGUCGGGCGAGCUGCACCACGGCCACGGCUUCUUCGUCAUCCGUGGCGUCGACGUCGACGCCCACACAAGGGAGGAGAACAUCAUCAUCUAUGCUGGCAUCUCCUCGCACAUUGCCGCCCAGCGAGGUCGUCAGGACCACAAGUACGACGGGAGACCUGCCGACGUGGUCCUCGCUCACAUAAGGGACCUCAGCCACUCUGACUCCAACAAGGUCAUCGGCAGCCCCGCCUACACGACUGACAAGCAGGUUUUCCACACCGAUGCGGGCGACAUCGUCUCGCUGUUUGCCCUCGGCACGGCCAAGGAGGGGGGCGCCAGUAAGCUCGCCAGUACAUGGAGGGUGUAUAAUGAGAUUGCGCGCACGAGACCUGACCUGAUCCAUACCCUGUCCGGAACAUGGGACUUGGAAGUCUUUGACAAGACCGACGGCAAACCGUGGAUUGAGAGGCCCCUCCUGAACCUCCUGCCGGCCACCAACGAGAACCCCCAGAGGGUGACCCUGCAGUAUGCUCGACGCUCCCUCGUGGGAUUCGGUGCACUCCCACGCGGUACCAACGUGCCUCCCAUCACUGAGGCACAGGCCGAGGCUCUCGAUACGCUCCACUUCACCGGAGAGAAGUAUUGCGUCAACACCAAGUUCCAGAAGGGCGACAUCCAGUAUAUCAAUAACCUGGCCAUCUUUCACGCCCGAGAUGGUUUUGUUGACCAAGGCGAGAAUCAGAGACAUCUGCUUCGCCUAUGGCUGCGCGACCCUGAGAAUGCUUGGCCCACUCCCCAGGUUCUCCAGGAGAGGUGGGACACCCUCUACAAGGGUGUUGAACCGGAAAAUCAGGUCUUUCCCCUCGAGCCAUUCAUCCGCAGUGCAUCGAACAAGAAUCGGUAA